AUGAAGGCCGAAGCAAAGCAUCUUGCGCAUCCGCACAUCAAUUCGUAUAACCGAUUUGUAAACACGUCCCUGCCCAAGCUAGCUCGCCUGUUUAAGCCGCUGGAGAUAGCGGACAAGAUCAACAACACUGCUGCGAUCUCUAUAGAGGCAAUUCGGGUGGAAAAGCCCGUUAUAGCAGAGGGGAAGGGAAGAGGUGGGCUCCAAAGGAGAAUGCUUCCAUCUGAGUGCAGACGGACUGCACAGACAUACAGGGCGGAGAUCCUUGCCGAGGUAAUGGUGGUGACAAACGGCGUUCCGGAGACACAUACGUUCUCUCUAGGGUUUAUUCCUGUGAUGGUGCGCAGCAGCUUGUGUGCUCUUUCUUCGAUGACAGACGAGGAGCUGGUGCAGGUAAAAGAAGAGCCAAACGACCUUGGAGGAUACUUCAUAUACAAGGGAACCGAGAAGAUAUGCAGGCUUCUUCAGAUACAGAAGAAGUACUGCCCCUUUGGAGUGUACAGGCCCGGGAUGUCCAAAAAAAGAAAAAGCAUGUCCGAGCAUGCGGUGUCGUACAAAUCGGCGUUUCCCAGCGGACAGGCGUCUAUGUUUACUCUGCACUACUGCAACGACCACUCAAUAAAAAUAAGGGUGAAGAAGUUCAGGAAAGAGUACUACAUUCCGCUGCAUCUGGUGCUGAGGGGCAUCUCGGGAAACACCGACAGAGAAAUAGAAGAGUCGCUGAGAGCGGUUCUCAAAAACGACAAGGACCUAAUGGAGUAUGUUGAGCUUCUUCUGCAGAGCUUCUCUUUCCACAAAGAGUACACACAAAAGGAGGCGCUUUCGUAUCUAGGGAGCCGAUUUAGGCUGUACUACCAGAUGACUGCAAGCGAAAUCGAGUCAAUGCCAGCCAGUGUGAAAAGAACGGGGGGUGACAGCAGCGAAGCCUCAGACACAGACAAAGCAACAGAGCUUUUGGAGGAGGUUAUAGCUGCAUGCCAGCAAGAGAUGUCAGAUGCCGAGUGCGGGCUGCAGUUUAUAAAAGACACGAUUGCAGUGCACACGGGGUCGCUGACAGAAAAGUACAACCUGCUUAUUAUAUGCAUAGCCAAGCUGUUCAUGCAGGUCUCUGGGAGGAUUCCUGCGGACAACGGGGACGCGCUGUCUUCGCACGAGCUGAUUACCGUGGGAGACACCCUGACAGAAAUAAUGGCAGACAAGAUAUACUGGAUGUCAAGGGGGCUGCAGAAGCACCUGGUAGCAGCCAUCCAUUACCAGUCAGUUACAGUGACAGACAAGGUUGCAAUGAAGAGAAUUCUUAAGAAGGUCAUCACGCCGGCAACGUCUGCGGUGGAAAGGCUGCUGUCAAUGGGCGUGAUAUCGUUCAGCAACAUGGGGACAUAUGCAAUGAUGCAGCAAGCCGGGUUCACGAUUACUGCAGAGCGGCUGAACUAUUUGAGGUUCUUCAGCCAUUUAAGGAGUGUGCACAGAGGAUCCUUCUUUGAGUCAAUGAGGACUAGUACCGUGCGAAAGCUUCUUCCCGAGUCUUGGGGGUUUCUGUGCCCAGUGCACACGCCAGACGGGUCGCCGUGCGGGCUUUUGACGCAUCUGUCGCACACGUGCGUGGUUUCGCAUGCAAAGCACCACAUCUCUGUUUCUGACCUUAUCAGCUAUGGAAUGAACUAUCUAACGGGGGCGCUGCAUGGGAUACCCGUGGUGCAGAACGGAAGAGUAGUGGGCACGGUGUCUGAGCAGUGCGUGCACGUGCUGGUUGGGCAUCUGCGGAAAAGGAAGAUUUUCGACGAGAAGUUCAAAUAUGCCGAAAUUGUGUACGACGGGUGGACUCUGCAGAUUGUCAACACGCCAAACCGAUUUAUGCGGCCUGUUAUAAACAUUAAGGAGAACGAAGUCGAGCACAUAGGCCCAACCGAGCAGAUGUACAUCCAGAUAGAAGGCCUGGUCAAAGACAGCGCGGAAAGCAUCUCUAAAUUGCAGAUACUGUCGGCGAACAGCGAAAACCCGGACAUGCGGUGGGUUGAGCCAACUCACAGAGAGAUAACUGCAACAAACAUUCUAAGCGUGGUUGCAGGAAGCACCCCGCUGGGCAACUUUAACCCAAGCCCGCGUAACAUGUACCAGUGCCAGAUGGCAAAGCAGUCGAUGGGAACCAUGCCGCACACGCAGAAGUACAGAACGGACCAGAAAGUGUACUCGCUGGACUAUGUGCAGACACCAACAAUGCGCACAGACCUGUACUCCAAGUACGAGCUGGGCGAGUAUCCAAACGGGAAAAACAUCACAAUUGCAAUUCUUUCGUACACCGGAUACGACAUUGAAGACGCUGUCAUUCUUAACAAGGCCAGCGUGAACAGAGGCUUUAUGCGGGGGUCUAUCUACAAAACAGAGGUGGUGGACUUUGGGGACAUGCCCGAGAUGGAGCUGGGCACGCUGAAGGAGGAAGAAGGCCUUCCAGAGGUGGGGCAGCUGAUCCGGGACAGAGAGGUAAUAUACACAACUAUGAACACAGAGGUGCUGGAGGAGCAAGAGCAUAAAAACAAAACGAUGGAAGACCUCCGGGUAAAGAGCGUGUCGAUAUACCAGGCCCAGAACGGAAAAAGGUCUGCAAACAUCACUAUGCGGAUACAGCGAAUUCCCACCAUUGGAGACAAGUUCAGCAGCAGGCACGGGCAGAAGGGGGUGUGCUCGAUUCUGUACGAAGACGAGGACAUGCCGUUCAACGAGUUGGGCGUGACCCCAGACCUGAUCAUAAACCCGCAUGCUUUUCCAAGUCGUAUGUCCAUAGGGAUGUUUAUUGAGAAUAUAGCGUCCAAGGCGGGCGCAUGCCUCGGCAUGCCCAUGGACGGGUCGAUGUUCAAGUAUGGCGAGAAAGAGGAAGGCGACGACAUGACAGCAAGCGAGUACUUUGGAAACAUGCUGGAGUCUGCCGGGUUUAAAAGAGGGGGAGGCGAAACUCUUUACUCCGGCGUAACCGGGACUCCGCUGAGCGUAGAUGUGUUCUUUGGCAUUGUGUACUACCAGAGGCUGCGGCACAUGGUGAGCGACAAGUACCAGGUGCGAACGUCCGGCCCGAUCGACGCUCUGACCAAGCAGCCGAUUGGAGGGAGAAGCAAGUGCGGUGGAAUCCGACUGGGGGAAAUGGAAAGGGAUGUUCUGAUAUCACACGGGGCAUGCUCGGUGAUAAACGACCGAAUGCUCGCGUGCAGUGAUGGCACCGUGCUGAAUGUGUGCCGGGAGUGCAGCAGCCUGUCGUUCUUCCAGAAAUGGUCAUGCACCAAGUGCAAAACAAACAGGCAUCUGGUUAAGAUGGAGUUCCCUUACGUCUUCAAAUACCUGGUCGCAGAGCUCGCGUCUGUAAACAUACAGUGCAAGAUAAAGGUGGAAAGAGCGGACGUUUCUGUCUAG